ACAACAGGCAAUGCUGAAGUGGAGAAAUUGAGGCACAAGAUCAGAUCUCAAAUCUUUCUUGCUCCCUGAUCCUCAGAAUCAGUUUCUCCAGGGGUUCACAAGAAUACUCUCCUCUCCUCACCCCAUUCUUCUCAAUCCUCUCAGGAGGCUUCAGGAUGAAUCUGGAAGGAGUGGCUGCCAGAGGAGGAGCAGCUGGAACUGAGUCAUGGCAGGAAGCUGAGGAGGGCGGGAGCUAUCCCCAGAUAGCCAUAUAAAAAGAAGGAACUGGCCCUGCCGUUCACAGCAGCAGUAACAGCCAGAGAAGCAGGCUCCCGGCAGCCCAGCCUUUCAGAUCCAGACCUGCCAGAGAGGACUCACCUGGGUGGCCGCCGACCAGUCCUUGCCCCAGGAUGGGGACUGUGUCCGCAGCGGUCUUGCUCUGGGCUUGCUUAGCUGUUACUGCCAUAGCCUCUGAAGAAGGCUUCAGGGGUCUAGAACAGAGGGAGUUGGGGCCACAGCACCUCACAUACCACCUUCAAGAAGUUGGCUCUGCAGCACCACCUUCCCCGCCACUGGCCCGAGCCCUCCCCAUGGAUCACCCUGACACCUCUCAGCGUGGACCUCACGUUGAGGGACAGAGUGAAGUGCAGCCACCUCCCUCCCAGGAAGCUGCCCCUGCCCGUGAGGAGGAGCUGCCUCCUCCCCAGCUCCCCGCGGAAGAGGAAGUGCAGCCUCCUCUCCCUCGGGAGGCCAUCCCUUUCCAGGAGGAGAUGCCCCCUCACCAGCCCCCUGUUGAACAGAAGGAAGGACCCUGGGGAGGGGAGCAGGAAGCUGGGGCCUUGAGAAGCAGGCCCACACUGGGAUGGGGGGGCUGUCAGUGUGACACCUUCCAUGCCUCAGUUCUCUUCCUUUCAGUCAGUUACUCUGAAGAAAAGCCAGCUCUCUUUGUGGACCGUGGCCCCCCAGAGGCUGAGUCUUGGAAUCCAGCCCAGCAUUGCCAACAGGGCCAAUCCCGAGGGGGCUGGGGCUACCGGCUGGAUGGCUUCCCCCCAGGGCGACCUUCUCCCGACAACCUGGACCAGAUCUGCCUUCCUAAUCGUCAGCAUGUGGUGUAUGGCCCUUGGAACUUGCCGCAGUCUGGAUUCUCCCACCUUACUCGCCAGGGUGAGACCCUCAAUUUGCUGGAGACUGGAUAUUCCCGCUGCUGCGUUUGUCAGAACUACAUAAACCGCUUGGACUGUGCAAAACUUGUGUGGAAGGAUGCAAUGACCCGGUUCUGUGAGGCCGAGUUCUCGAUCAAGACUCGAGCCCACUGGUGCUGCAAACGGCAGGGGGAGGCUCGAUUGUCCUGCUUCCAGGAGGCAGCUCCCUGGCCGCAUUACCAGCUCCGGGCCUGCCUCAGCCACCAGCCUGGUAUUUCCUCCGGCCCCGAGCUGCCUUUUCCCCCUGGGGUACCGACACUGGACAAUGUCAAGAACAUCUGCCACCUAAGACGCUUCCGCUCAGUGCCACGCAACCUCCCAGCUACUGACCCCAUCCAAAGGCAGCUGCAGGCACUGACCCAGCUGGAGGGGGAGUUUCAGCACUGCUGCCAGCAGGGGAACAACCACACCUGUAUAUGGAAGGCUUGGGAGGAUACCCUUGAUGGAUACUGUGAUCGGGAGCAGGCUAUAAAGACCCAUCACCACUUGUGUUGCCACUACCCUCCUAGCCCUGCACGUGAUGAGUGCUUUGCCCAUCGGGCCCCCUACCCCAAUUAUGACAGGGACAUCUUGACCGUUGACCUCAGCCGAGUCACCCCCAACCUCAUGGGCUAUCUCUGUGGAAAUGGAAGAGUUCUCACCAAGCAUAAACAGAUUCCUGGGCUGAUCCGGAAUAUGACUGCCCACUGCUGUGACCUACCAUUUCCAGAGCAGGCCUGCUGUGCUGAGGAGGAGAAAUCAGCCUUCAUCAAUGACCUGUGUGGUCCUCGACGUAACUUCUGGCAAGACUCUGCCCUCUGCUGUAACCUGAGUCCUGGAGAUGAACAGACCAACUGCUUCAACACUAAUUAUCUGAGGAAUGUGGCUCUAGUGGCUGGAGACACUGGGGGUGCCAAGGGCCAGGGGGAGCAGGGCCCAACUCAGGGAACAAAUAUCAGCCCCACGCCCAAGUCCAAGGAAGAGUGAGUCACCCCAGAGCCUUGGAGGAUCAGAUUGGGGGAACCCCACCCCACCCCACCCUCCUUGAACACUCAUAGUAAACACCUCUUGGAUUUGGCAUCUUUGUUGUCUGUAACAUCUCAUGUACAAACACACCCUCCUCCUAAG